AGCGCAGCCGAAUCAAAACAAGCCGGAGACCCGCCUUUUCCCUCCGGCUCGGGAGAGUCUCGCUCGCGCCCCGGGCCCGCGGCGCCCGCGCGGCUGCGAGCCUCGGGUAGCCGCGUGCCGGCUCCAGGAAGCCGGAGAGGGCGCGGCGGCCGGGAUGGCGCGGCACGGGCCGUGCGGCUAGACGGGUGCCGAGGGAAUCGCCGGCUCGCGCCCUCCGUUCUUUCCCGGAGCCAGCUUCGCGCAGGGCCGGGAGCGGCCGUGCAGCUGGGAUCCGCCUUCGCUGACGCCGGGCACCUACCUGGACGCUUGCGAGCGAGAUGCCCAACCCCAAAAACAGCAAAGGCGGCCGCAAAAACAAGCGCGCCAACAGCAGCGGCGACGAGCAGGAAAAUGGAGCCGGGGCCCUGGCAGCGGCGGGCGCGGCAGGAGCGGCGGCCGGGGGGGCCCUGGCGGCGGCUGCCGGCUGCGGGGCGGCGGCGGCGGGUGCGCCGGGCACCGGAGGCGCGGCGGGCGCCGGAGGCGCGGGGACUGGCGCCGCGAACGCCGCGGCCGCCGCGGGGGCUGCAGCCGCGGGCGAUGCCAAAAACGAAGCCCCAUGUGCCACUCCCUUGAUCUGCAGCUUCGGGAGGCCAGUGGACCUGGAGAAGGACGACUACCAGAAGGUGGUGUGCAACAACGAGCACUGCCCCUGCAGCACCUGGAUGCACCUGCAGUGCUUCUACGAGUGGGAGAGCAGCAUCCUCGUCCAGUUCAACUGCAUCGGCCGUGCGCGCAGCUGGAACGAGAAGCAGUGCCGCCAGAACAUGUGGACAAAGAAGGGCUACGACCUGGCCUUCCGCUUCUGCUCCUGCCGCUGUGGCCAGGGCCACCUGAAGAAGGACACAGACUGGUACCAGGUGAAGCGGAUGCAGGACGAGAAAAAGAAGAAGUCUGGCUCCGAGAAGAACACAGGGAGGCCCCCUGGUGAGGCGGCGGAGGAGGCAAAAAAGUGCAGGCCGCCAAAUAAGCCCCAGAAAGGCCCGAGCCACGACCUCCCCCGCCGGCAUUCCAUGGACCGGCAGAACUCCCAGGAGAAGGCAGUGGGUGCCGCGGCCUACGGUGCCCGCUCCCCUGGCGGCUCCCCGGGCCAGUCCCCACCCACGGGCUACUCCAUCCUCUCUCCCGCCCACUUCAGCGGCCCCCGCUCCUCCAGAUACCUCGGGGAGUUCUUAAAGAACGCCAUCCAUCUGGAGCCUCACAAGAAGGCCAUGACUGGGGGCCAUGUGUUCAGAAAUGCCCACUUUGAUUACAGCCCUGCGGGGUUGUCAGUUCACAGGGGGGGACACUUCGACACCCCCGUGCAGUUCCUUCGGCGGCUGGACCUCUCCGAGCUCCUCACUCACAUCCCCAGGCAUAAGCUGAACACUUUCCACGUGCGCAUGGAAGACGAUGCCCAAGUGGGCCAGGGGGAGGACUUGCGGAAGUUCAUUCUGGCCGCGCUCAGUGCCAGCCACAGAAACGUAGUAAACUGUGCCCUGUGCCACCGGGCACUCCCGGUGUUCGAACAAUUCCCACUGGUGGAUGGAACUCUGUUCCUAAGCCCGUCCAGACAUGAUGAGAUCGAAUAUGAUGUUCCUUGUCACCUUCAAGGGAGACUCAUGCACCUGUAUGCGGUGUGCGUGGACUGCCUGGAAGGGGUUCACAAGAUCAUCUGCAUCAAGUGUAAGUCACGGUGGGAUGGCAGCUGGCACCAGCUGGGCACUAUGUAUACCUACGACAUCCUGGCUGCCUCUCCAUGUUGUCAGGCCCGCCUGAACUGUAAGCACUGUGGGAAGCCAGUGAUCGACGUGAGGAUCGGAAUGCAGUACUUCUCAGAAUAUAGCAACGUCCAGCAGUGUCCACACUGUGGGAACCUGGACUACCACUUCGUGAAGCCAUUUUCCUCCUUCAAAGUUCUUGAAGCUUAUUGAUGAAAGCUUUGUUUUAGUAAUAGCUAUUUUAUUGAUAUUAUUACUUUAUUACAUAUCUUUUAUAGGGAAACAUUCUGUGACAUUAAUUUCUUUUCUAAUUUAAAGGAGAGUUACUUUGUUGUAUGUGUGCCACUGAAAUAGGGGCUGCCCUUGCCCUGUCUUGAUUCCCGAGUGUUAGUCUGUGGUUUUGACCAGAACCCAGAUGGGUAAUCCUGUGCAUUUGGGUCGGGGUUCACUCUUACCAAGAGUCUUUGAUGCAGCUUUAAGAUGGUGGGGAGGAUGGGGUGAAUUUAGGAAAGGAAUUUGUGGUUAUAAACUAAGAGCUUGAUAGGAGUUGGAAGGAAACGCUUACUAAAAUGUUAACUUUCUAAAAACCUUCUUUUAGAUCUUCCUUGGGCCUUUGGAAAAACAUGUGACAAGUGAAUGUAAGUCUGUGCCUGGAGAGCUAAUAGUGCAUUAGUCUAUCCCAGCCUAGUGUUGUGCAGCACACAUGGGCAGGCAGUUUACUCACACUGACAGGUGAUCUGAAAGUGGCACAAGUGCUGUUUCUAUCGCUAUUGUAAUUUGCCAAUUCAUUUUUCAUGCUGAAAAUAAUAUCCAAAUUGUAAGACAUAUGAAUGAUACUAGUGUUGCAAAUUAUGUUUAGGUAAACUGACCUAUAACAGAAUAUGUGAAAUGAAUUUGGAAAUAAUGCAAGAAGGCAGAACUCAAUCAUUUGAAUUGUGUCUUUGAAGUUGGUAAAAUAGCUCUUAAGGAGAACCCAUGAAUAACAUGAUUUGGGCAGUGAUGAUUUAUUACAGGUUGCACUGUUGAAGUGUCAUUUGGUGUCAUAUUCUUCUCACAGGUAAAUCAGCCACAGAAUCUAACUGGUGAGCUUCAGAACCAAUAAUUGCCACACUUAUUGUCCUCAAAAUUACUGAUGGCCAUGUUUAACCCAUUUAAUUCUGAGUUUCCAAAAUCAAAGAUUUGACCUUAAGAGGGAAGGGAAAAAAAAGUAUGAAAGGAUGAUGAAGAAAAUAAUUUUAUUAUUUCUUUUUUAAGUAUGUUUUGGAAAAUCAAUGAUUGUAAUGCAUAGCAGUACAUUUGAAAAAUAGACCAUUCUAAAAAGCCCAUGAUACCUUACUGUUGAUGAAAAAAGAUGAUCAUAUAUCUAGAACUUGAUUAGUCAGAGCAUUGGGCAUUCCAAAAUACAGCCUUUGGUUCAGUAGAUUUUAAUGCUUUAAAUAGACUGACAUCCCAUACCCUUACAGAAUUGGAAUAUGAUUUCUCAAAAGUUAAUUUCAUAAUUUCAUGUAUGAUGUGCAUAUAUGCUAAAAAUGCUGAAAAUCAUUUUAUGAAUAGCCAAAUUUGGGGUUGAUGUGAACAUUUUAUAUUAUUCAUUUGGUUUAUACCUUUUUUUUUUUUCCCUGUGUGUUUUUUUCUUUUCAGAAGUAUUUAGGCAAUACUGCAAGUGAGUUUCAGUUCUUUUUUUCUUUUUUCUUUUUUUGAGAUGGAGUCUCGGUCUGUCACCCAGGCUGGAGUGUGGUAGUGCGAUCUUGGCUCACUGCAACCUCUGCCUUCCGGGUUCAAGCAGUUCUCCUGCCUCAGCCUCCCAAGUAGCUGGGACUACAGGCACAUGCCACCACCCUCGGCUAAUUUUUUGUAUUUUUAGUAGAGACAGGGUUUCACCAUGUUAGCUAGGAUGGUCUAGAUCUCCUGACCUUGUGGUCCACCCGCCUCGGCCUCCCAAAGUGCUGGGAUUACAGGUGUGAGCCACCGCGCCCAGCCGAGUUUCAGUUCUAUAUGAAGUAUUUGAUGUUGUGUUUGAAACAACGCAGCAUUAAAGAACCAAUGUUAUUGACUAAUAGUUUUUAUCUUUCAGUUUGGAUGAUUUGGUUUGCUGCAUCUAGGUUAGUGUUUGAUCAUCUGAAAAAACUUUUCAGUGGGAAGAAAUGCAUAAAAUGCCUAUAAGAGGUAGAAAGUCAUUGAACUGACAGUGUUUGAUGCAACUAAAGGAGGAGGAUUGUAAGACAUAGCUUUCUGCAAACUUGUCUUUAAUGCACAAAGCUGUAGUGGUGAAUUAACUAUUUCCUUAUUGAUUCUCUCAUGUACCCAGAUGCAAAAAGUGCUAAGUUUCUCUUGUCCUCGUAAUACCAUUUGGAUUUUAUUUCUGAAUUUAAAUAGUAAAAUAUUGAUGAUGCUGAUCUUUAACGCACCUAAAAUUUUAUAGUGAAACCUGCUUUAUAUUGUUGUUCUGAAGCUUACAAUUGACCUAUACAUUGCAUUCAGCAAGCUCCUGAAUUUAGAACUACUGUCGGUGUAGUGUAUGCUGUGUUCCAUGUUGCCUUUUUAGAUGGUUUUCUAGCCCCUGAACAAUAAAUAGGAUGAGGUUUUACUGUAAUUGGAUAAAGUUUACUCUUGGACAUUAUUUCAAUGCUAAAUUAAGGAUACUAUGGAUGUCUUCAGUUACUUAAAGAGAAAAUAAUGAGAGCAUGAAGCAUAUCUGAGAAUAUCUUUCGCCUUUAAGGCGAUUCAUUCUUGUCUAGAGGGAAAAUUUGGUUGAUUUGGGAAUAAAGUAUAAUUGAGUAUUCAACACCAUGAAGAUAAAUCUUAUUUUGGAAAUCUACUGACCUUAAUACCCCAAGCUUGCCCUGAAUACUUUGAUUGGAAUUGGAAUAUAUCAAAAAAGGUUAUUAUUUUUGUUGUAGUUAGGAUACUAAAACAAUAUUAGUUACCCAAGAGAUCCAAUUUCUGUUUUUCUGAUGAACAGUGUUCAGUAAAAUGAAGCAGUCAUUUCACAUAAGAGUGACUAAUAAUUUCAAAGUGUUUUUUCGUCUACUCUUAAUAUUUUUUAAUUAUUUAUUUUUAAGAGUUUUAUACCUUGAACAAAUACAGUGAUCUGCUUUAGUUUAGUGAGAGUACAAUUUCUGAUUGAUUGUUUUCUCUUCAGGCCAUCUCACCUCUUCAUUCUCUUGUUACAUUUGAAGCAGUUGAUAUAAUGGGUUUAUACUUUAAAAGAGAUAUAGUGCCAUGAAGUUGGGGAGUUGGGUGGAUUUUCCUCUUCUAGUUACAGAGGAGCUUUCCUCAAAUGCCCUUUAACUUCUAGGUUUUGUGCAAGAAGUUCAUUUUCUGAGUAAAAGUUAUUUUCAUAUAUGUUGGGGGAAAAUUAACUCAUCAAAAAAGAAUCUUAUUAGGUAUUUGAACUCUGAAACUAACAGAUAAGACUUAUAUGUACCUUAUUAGAGCACCAAAACUAAUUUGCUAAAAUCUUUUGUUUAGUCCUGCAAGACUGAUGCUUAAUACACAGUCUGUUCUCCUGUGUCUAGGUCAAGAACUCCAGUUUGCUUUUCUGUUUUGUAUCCUGAUAGCAGCUGUUGAGUGACUUUCAUUGAAGAUUGGGAAGGAAGUGAGGAGAAAGUGUUCUUGUUUAGUGUUUUAUUUCCUAUAAUAGGAUGCUGCCUAACCCAGUUCAUCUUUAUGUCCUGUUCACUAAAUAUUCCAGGUAAUUGAAAGAAAAUAAAAUGGAUGGGCUCCAUUAAAACCAGCUCAAAAAUAAAUUCUUGUCAGUAAAGAUUUCUUGUCAAGAUGUCUUGGAUUGCACUUUUGUUGAGGAAAGAUAGUGUAAAUAGUUAAAGAAUGUGGAUAAAAUUGAAACAUUUGGUUGUGGAAUUGUGUGUGGUUUUAGAGGGUUUCUGUUUGUGAAAUGUAUGUAUUAAAAAUAAUAAAAUUCCAGAAACUUAACAUUGUA